AUGGUUCCAAUGCAGUGCAUGUUCGUCGCUAAUGGCUUCGUUGGAAGGUUUGAUGCGUCAGGUCGUCUGCAGAUGGGGCAGAAACUGUCAAGGAGGACGACGCCGGGGCGCUCUUCGGUGCUGUCUGUGAGUAUGGCUGCCAAGCAGGUGGUGUUCCACGAGGAGUCUCGUCGUCGGCUUGUUCGCGGUAUCAAUGCAGUUGCAGAUGCGGUACGCAUCACGUUGGGUCCAAAGGGGCGUAAUGUCGUUCUGGAGCGCUCGUACGGUGCACCUGAAGUCGUGAACGACGGGGUGACGAUCGCGCGAGAUAUUUCUCUUGAGGAUCCCACGGAGAACGUGGGUGCGCGCCUCCUUCAGGAGGUGGCGUCGAAGACGGAUCAGCGGGCCGGGGACGGAACCACAACCUCUACAGUGCUCGCUCAGUCUAUCAUUAACCAGGGUCUGAAGCUGGUUGAGUCUGGCGCGAACCCCAUUGCACUGAAGCGCGGUCUGGACAAGGCAGGCCAGCUGUUGCGCGCGGAGAUCCGCAAACUAGCAGUGCCGAUCAAGAGCCCCAAGGACAUUGAAGCAAUCGCGACGAUUGCAUCAGGCAAUAGCGAGGAGUUUGGGCGUAUCAUUGCGCAGGCUUUUGAGCGAGUUGGAGAGAACGGCAGCACGAUUGUGGAGGAGUCGCAAACGAUCACGGACGAUGUCGAGUUCUCCGAGGGCAUGGAGAUCGAUCGUGGUUACCUGUCGCCAUAUUUCGUGAAGGAGCAGGAUCGCCAGACUUGCACGCUAGAGAGGCCGCGAAUCCUGAUCACUGAUAUGAAAAUUUCGAACGUGAACGAAAUCAUUCCAAUUCUUGAGCAAUGCGUCAAAGACAAAGAGCCCCUGCUCAUUAUCGCCGACGAUGUAACGGGCGAGGCGCUCUCAACGCUGGUGGUCAAUAAGAUGCGCGGCGUUCUUGAUGUCUGUGCGAUCAAAGCGCCCGGGUUUGGUGACCGGCGCAAGGCGUACCUGCAGGACAUCGCUAUCGUGACUGGAGCCACAGUGGUUGCCGGUGAGCUUGGUAUGACGCUAGAGGGUGUCACUGAGAAGGACUUUGGCCGCGCUGAGCGUAUCGUCGUCGGCAAGGAGACGACGACAAUUAUCUCGGAUGGAUCCCAUGAGGCAGAGGUAAGAGAGCGCAUCAAGCAGAUUCGUAAGGAGCGAGAAGACGCUGACACCCAGUUCGACCGCGAAAAGUGCGAUGAGCGCAUUGCCCGUCUCAGCGGAGGUGUCGCUCGAAUUCGAGUGGGUGCCGCUACCGAGAGCGAGCUCAAAGACAAAAAGCUGCGGUACGAGGAUGCGAUUAAUAGCUGCCGAGCAGCGAUCGAGGAGGGUAUUGUUCCAGGCGGCGGGGCAACGCUCGUCUAUAUGAUGCAGAAGAUGGAUGAGAUCAAGGCCAAGGUCGGCGGCGACGAGGACACACAACUGGGAGUGGAGCUGCUGCGGCGGUCUCUCAAGUCACCACUUGUCCAGAUCGCGGAGAACUGCGGUCUUGAGGGAGAGGUCGUGCUCGGAAACGUGGCCGGGAAACCCUUUGGAUACGGAUACAAUGCAGCUACCGGAGAGUACGGCGACAUGAUCGAAAUGGGUAUCCUCGAUCCCGUGAAAGUGACAAACAGUGCGAUCGAAAACGCGAUAAGUGUGGCGGGCCUUGUGCUUACAACCGAGGCGCUGGUUGUAGAGAUUCCCGAAAAGAAGGACGACAAGAAAGGCGCCGACGAUGGCAUGGACGAUAUUCCAGGAGAAUCCUACUACUAG